GAGAGUCGAAGAAGCAAGCAUGGGAAUCAAAGGGGAGAUAUUAAUUCUAAGUAUGGCAUUCCUAUGCGUUUGUGUUAUUCCAUCCUCGAGUAAUAUUCCUCGAGAAAUCUUGCCUUUAGCUCAUCCGGUCAAAUUUGGCCACGCUAGUGGCGGCAGAGGUGGUGGCAGAGGUGGAUCUCAGUCUCACUCGCCCAAUAUGCAACGAGGUUCGGGUGUUGUACCCUUAUAUGUAGCCGCCGGUGCAGCUAAUAACCACCAUAACAAUCAUGUGAGUCGCAACCGGAGCAUGUGCAGCCACAAUCGUCUCGAACUUGUUCAUUUUGCCUUUACUAUUUUGGUUUGCCUUCUGCUUUGAGACA